GAUCCACCCCCAACAAUUUGAAGAAAGCAUUCUCUAAUUUCCUGUAUUUUGCUUAACUUCUAAAUAAUUACAGAUAAAGAAUCAAUAUGAUGCUUACUGUAUUCGUAUUGUUUGUUGCUUUGAAAUUAAUUUCAUGCGCCUGUCCCGAAUCAUGGCACCGAUUUGAAGAUAAUUGCUAUCAUUUCAAGUAUGAUAUUGAAGGAGCGAGCUGGGACGAAGCCCGACGAUACUGCAAAUACCAAGGGGCAGAUAUUCCAGUUAUUAGCUCAGUUAGAGAAAACAUCCAUGUUUUCAAUUACAUGUCAUCGUUUGCAAGAGCACAGCACCCAACGGAUAUUUUGCCAUCCGCAUGGCUUGGGUACCAAAAUACAGGUGACGGUUGGAAAUGGAUUGAAGCCGCAGAAACAAGCAUUUUCGAAAAGUUCCAGUAUAAAAUAAACGAUCCAGCGGAUGACGAACCUAGCACAAUUUGGUUCUUUGAGGAAAAAGUGGUCUCGAAUUAG